CGAGCUCCUCUGUUUCAAACCCCCCGACCUGCCCCCACCACCGAUGAUGGAAAAAAAAGGGCAAAAACUUUUCCAUUUUCUCUUUCUCAAGCUGCCUCUUUUUCCACGCCUUCCUUUCCUCUCUGCUUUGCCUCUUCCGAAUCUCUAAACCCUGUUUUGACCAACCGGGCCUGAUCAAAUCUUUCAUCUCUUCACUUUCACAACCUUUCAGGAUAAUUCUGAGAUGUCGUUUCUUUGUUACCCGAGUUUUUUCUAGGCGGUUUCAAAUGGGUUUUCAGAAGAGAGAUUUGUGUUUGCUUUGAUGCUAUUUUAAGUUUGAUUCUGAGUUGAAAAGAUGGGAUUAAGAGGGUCUGAUUCUACAAAGUUGGAGGCUUGGAAGGAGAUGAAGAAGAAGAUGAAGAAGAACAAGGAUGUUGGGUCAGUGGACGAAACUGGGUGUUGGGUUAAGUUCAGUUUCAGGAGUUGCAUGCCUUCCAGAUCAAAAGUUGAUAGCUUCAUAAGUGGAACUAGUGCUUCUUAUGUUAAAUCUACUAAUGAGAACAAUAGAGACCAACAAGUUGCUCCAGUGGGGUCAUCAACAACCACCAGUAAUGUUGAGAGUACUCUAACCACGCCUGAUUACAGCGAGGAACUGAAGGCCGCUUCUCAGCUCCGAAAAUUCACAUUUAAUGAUCUUAAGUUAGCAACUAGGAAUUUCAGACCUGAGAGUCUUCUUGGUGAGGGUGGGUUUGGUUGUGUUUUCAAAGGUUGGAUUGAAGAGAAUGGAACUGCUCCUGUAAAACCUGGUACGGGACUUACCGUAGCGGUGAAAACUCUCAACCAUGAUGGGCUUCAGGGUCAUAAAGAAUGGCUUGCUGAAAUUAAUUUUCUCGGUGAUCUUGUUCAUCCUAAUUUGGUUAAACUGAUUGGUUUUUGCAUUGAAGAGGAUCACAGAUUACUAGUUUAUGAGUUCUUGCCUCGAGGAAGCUUGGAGAACCACCUUUUCAGAAAAGGGUCAGUGCCACUUCCUUGGUCUAUCAGGAUGAAAAUUGCAGUUGGUGCUGCAAAGGGCCUUGCUUUUCUGCACGAAGAAGUUCAAAGGCCGGUAAUUUAUCGCGAUUUUAAAACAUCGAAUAUCUUAUUAGACGCGGAUUACAACGCCAAACUUUCGGACUUUGGACUAGCUAAGGAUGGUCCGGAGGGAGAUAAGACACAUGUCUCAACACGAGUUCUGGGAACCUAUGGUUAUGCAGCACCAGAGUAUGUGAUGACUGGACAUUUGACAUCAAAAAACGAUGUGUAUAGUUUUGGAGUAGUUUUGCUAGAAAUGCUUACUGGCCGAAGGUCCGUGGAUAAAAAUAGACCAAAUGGCGAGCAAAACCUUGUGCAAUGGGCAAGACCGCUUCUUGGAGACAAGAGAAGGUUUUACCGGUUAAUGGACCCUCGUUUGGAAGGUCAUUUUUCGAUCAAGGGUGCACAAAAAGCUCUUCAGAUUGCUGCUCACUGCCUUAGCCGUGACCCAAAAGCAAGACCCUUGGCGAGUGAAGUUGUUGAGGCCCUAAAACCUCUGCCAAAACUGAAGGACAUGGCCAGCUCUUCCUAUUAUUUCCAAUCUGUGCAAGCAGCUGCUCGCUCCAAGUCCAUGCCAAAUGCCAGGAAUGGCAUUAGAACACAGCCAACAUUUGCACCAAGGAAAGGAACACCGGCGAGGACCUUGUCGAGCCAAAAUCGCGCCCAAGCUUCUCCCCGUCACUACCCUGGCCAGUCACCAAACGUCAGGCCAGCAAAUAAGAAUGAUGGCAACCAUUUUUCUGCAUCUCCAUCGUCUUAAUUUACUGUCCUUUUGGAUUAGCUUCAUCACAUUGCACGCCCACAGCUCAUACGAUGAUUUCAAUCCAUCAGUUCUCCGCAAAUUUGUGUUUUUGGCUGUGCAUCAUCCCACCCAUUCACUGGCUAGUAAAUUGGCGAAACGAGCCUCAGCAGCCGGUGAGUGAUGUGGCACGUUGCAGUUGGUCGUUUAUCGGUACCGAAAAUAUCAAGAGUUGUUGUACACAGACAGAUUUGGUAAUGUUUACUUUUCACUAGUAAGGACUAUGAUGAUGUAGCUGGACAUUGAAGUUUCAAGCCAGUUUGUGUAACAUAGUAUUUUCUGCUAAAUGCCAAUAUAAUCGUAUAGUAUUGCUGCUUUUUA